CUAUUACGUUAUCUCUGUGUGUACGUACGAUAACUAAAAGCUGUCCCUUAAAAUUGUCCCUCCGCUUAUCAUAGGUCUCCAAGUGCUCCAGCUAAGCUUGCUAUAGCCUCGCGCUCAUGGUGACGACUGAAAAGUAAUUUGCUUCAAUAUUGAAGCUAGUGAGAUCAGUUGACGAGACUAGCAACAAUUGGUUAAAUGGGGAAGAAAGGAGGGAGCUCUUGGCUCACCGCUGUCAAAAGAGCAUUUAGAUCUCCUUCUAAAGACAGAGACGAUGACGAAAAGAAGAGAGAGAAGAGGCGAUGGCUGUUUCCGCAAGAAAACACCAGCCAGAACCAACCCACAGACCUACCACGAGAGCAGCAGCAAGAAAGAAAGCUUCGGCGUUGGUACAUUUCUCCAUUCGAAUAUAUCUGGCCGACUCCAAGCUUCGUUAAAGCGCAUUGCGCUGCCGUCCUCAUCCAAUCUGCAUUUCGGGGAUAUUUGGCAAGGAGAGCAUUGAGAGCACUAAAGGGGCUAGUGAAGCUUCAAGCUCUUGUGAGAGGCCACAAUGUGAGGAAGCAAGCCAAAAUCACUCUCCAAUAUAUGCAAGCUCUAAUUAGAGUUCAAGCAAGCGUAAGGGAUCAACGAUUGAGACUCUCUCAAGAUGGAAGCACAAAAUCUUCGGUCAUAAUUAAUUGCGGUACUCUCCUAAAAGACUCUAGAGAUAAACAAGAGAUUGCUGAGAGAAGAUCCAUGAGUAACUUUGUCAAUGAUUGGGAUGAGCGAUCUCAAACCAUGGAGGAGAUCCAGGCACUGCCACAGAGCAGGAAAAAUGAUGCAUCCAAGAGAGAAGGAGCUCUUUCUCAUGUGUUUUCACAGAAGACAAUGAGAUCAAGUAGAAAUCAUUUUCACCCACUAGAGGAAGACCAAGAACUUGAAGCAGUUGCAGUAGAGCAAACUGCACCUCGACGGAUGUCGUCAAGAUCCUCAUUCGACAUUCGCAGAAGCAGCAGCAGAUCAAGAGCAUCAACGGACAAUCAAGACCCAAUCAAAACCCUGGAAACCGAGACGGCCGGCUGGCCUUACUCAUACUCAACCCCCACGACGACAAACCGACGACACUCCCAUUAUUACUCCCCCGUGACUCCUUCCCCUUCAAAACCCCGUCCUGUCCAAGUCCGGUCAUCAAGCCCCCGGUGCAACACUCCAUCCGUCGCCGCAUUCUACAACUACACUGGCGACGGAGUCACAAGACACCAGCAAGAAACAAUCCCCAACUACAUGGCCGCGACCGAGUCUGCCCGUGCACGUGCACGGUCAAACAGUGCGCCGAGGCAGAGGCCGGGCACACCGGAGAUAGACAGUGCCGGUUCUGUCAAGGAUAUGCGGCUGUCGUUCCCUUGCACAGAGCGACGCGGACGGUACCACAGUCGAAUCAUUUGA